AUGUUCUCAGCACGUCGGUUGAAGUCACUGAAAAAGAAGAUGGCUUUACGUCCCGCUCAGGGUGACAACGUACACACGGCGGAGUUCAACGAAGAAGCCGCUCGUCUCAAGCAGUACAAAAAUGUUGCGAGACAUGAGGAUAUGCGACGUCGCCGAAAUGAAUCCAGCGUCGAGAUCCGCAAGCAAAAAGGUGCUGACCUCAUGAUGAAACGUCGAAAUCAGUUAGUAGAUGAAGAUGAAGAGGGAGAACUUUCGGAUCUAGAUCUGAAGUCUGCACCAGCUGUGGUCAGUCGAUUAACAAAUGAGGAGAUUGUCAAAAUCCUAAGCAAUAAUCCUACUUUGGACCAGAUGAGACAGUGUUUCGAGGCUCUUCGUCGAAUACUGUCACGUUCGAAGAAUCCUCCAGUUGAUGAAGUAAUCAAAUGUGGACUUGUUAAUGCUUUAGUCGAGGCGCUCAAAGUUGAGGAUGAUAAAGUGCGUUUUGAAGCGUCUUGGGCACUAACGAACGUUGUUUCCGGAACAUCAGAACAAACCGUAGCUGCUGUAGAGGCAGGUGCCACGCUUCCGCUGAUCCAGCUUACUCAGAGUCCGAAUGAUGGCUUAGCCGAACAGGCUCUCUGGGCUGUUGCUAACAUUGCUGGAGAUUCUGCACAGCUUAGGGACUAUGUGAUUCAAUGUGGUGGUGUUGAUGCUCUCAUGGCGUUAGUGGACCGCUUAGAUAAGCUGCAUGUUUCGUGCGCUCGAACUCUUGCUUGGGCAUUUUCUAACAUGUGCCGACAUAAGAAUCCUCACGCUCCCUUACACAUUCUCGAGCGAUUGAGCAAAGGUCUUGCAAAGCUCAUUUCUUAUCCGGACAGACAAGUGAAACAAGAUGCGUGCUGGGCGGUAUCCUAUUUGACUGAUGGACCAGAUGAACAGAUUUCAUUGGCUAGAUCAAGCGGUGUACUACCUCAUGUGAUUGAAUUCCUGCGCGAUUCCGAUGCUAUGGUGGCCCCAGCGCUUAGAGUUCUCGGCAAUAUGAGUACGGGUAACGAUGAAUUGACCCAGUGUGUGGUGGACCUAAACACCCUCGACGAAAUCAUUCCUCUCUCUGAACGAUCAAAGUCAACAACUGUGGUUAAAGAGUGCUGUUGGCUAAUCUCCAACAUCAUAGCAGGAACAAAUAGCCAGAUUCAAGCUGUCAUAGAUGCAGGGAUUAUGCCAUUUAUUAUCGAAGUGCUUCGUUCUGGUGAUUUCAAGUGUCAGUUUGAAGCAUCGUGGGCUGUAGCGAACCUUGCACAAGGUGGAACUGCUGCACAAAUCCUUACACUCCUUCAGGACAAUGCUGUCCCUGCUCUUUGUGAUGCAUUGAAACAAAGCAACGUAGAUCUUCUCAAUAACGCAUUAGAGACACUCUAUGCUUUAUUGAAUACAGUGUCCACUUGUUGUCCUGAGCGCCUGGAUGAAUUACGCGAGGCAGUGGAAGAGAACGACGGAUUGGAUUAUCUGGAGCGCCUGCAGGAGUCCGAGUCUGAUAAAGUGUACGCAACGGCCUAUCGCAUUAUCUCGGACUACUUCAGCGACCCUGACAACGAAGAGGAUCAGAAAGCUGAUGGCGAAGAGAACCAGCCUGCUCAGUACAGUUUUUAG